GAUUCCUGACGAGUCUCAGCCAGGACAGAAUGAACAACAAAUUCGAUGCGUGAGUAGCAGCUCUUUUGCGUUAGAACUUCGAUCGAAAACGGUUCACUGUCUGGAAACGGGGAAUCAAGAAUCAUGCGUUACGCAUUCAACGAAAGUCUGAAAGACGAUGACAGUGGAGAUCACGACCAGGACCAAAGCUCACCGAAAGAUAGCGAAACGAUAAAGAUUGAGGACGACGAAAAGGAGCAGAACACAACUAAGAAAAAAAUGGUGGUUCCAGGAGCAGGAGAGCAUCCUCUUCAGUACAACUACACUUUCUGGUACUCCAGGCGCACGCCAGGGCGACCAGCAAGCACCCAGAGCUACGAACAGAACAUUAAACAGAUCGGCAGCUUUGCCUCGGUGGAACAGUUCUGGCGUUUCUAUAGUCACAUGAUCCGGCCUGGCGACCUAACCGGUCACAGUGACUUCCACCUGUUUAAAGAAGGAAUUAAGCCCAUGUGGGAGGAUGAUGCCAAUAAAAUGGGCGGGAAGUGGAUUAUUCGCUUAAGAAAAGGCCUUGCGUCCCGGUGCUGGGAGAACCUGAUCCUGGCCAUGCUGGGGGAGCAGUUCAUGGUGGGAGAGGAAAUAUGUGGAGCUGUGGUGUCCGUCCGUUUUCAGGAGGACAUCAUUUCCAUUUGGAAUAAAACCGCCAGUGACCAGGGUACCACCGCCCGCAUUAGAGACACCCUGCGCCGAGUCCUCAACCUGCCCCCCAACACAAUCAUGGAGUACAAGACACACACAGACAGCAUUAAGUAUAGCCUGGGAAGACUUCCAUGGGCUGGUGAAUGCUAGUGGCGGGCGUUAGCCUCUCGCACAGGAACACUCUGCCAAGAGUUUGUGUGUUUCUGUGACGUGUGGAGGGGCACCUGGAUCCGGGGAAGGAAAACCUCUGUGUGGACCGGCACUGUGUAACAGGAAGACGUGUCAGGAGCAGAGGCCCCAAGGAUCAAUCCCCCUGUUGGGUCAAAUUGGAAGAGAGCAGAGCGAACUGUCAGCACCAAGCCAAAGACAUACUUGAAAUCAACCAGAGAGGGGGGAAGAAACAGCCUCAUUUUAUAGCAAAGUUGGAACAUCUGUUGACUUGUUAUCAGAAGGAGGCUGCGUUACAGAAUUUGGUCAUUUGCUGUUGACAAAACACCACAAAAUCAGUCCGAUAUAAAACUUUACAUGAUUUUAUUGUUCAGCACAGCCUCACAUCCACUGUUAAAAGUUGGUCAGUUUUAUUGGGGCUCAAACAGGGUUAAUGGAAGAUGAUAUUUUAUUACAGUGAUGUAUUUUAAUAAUUACCUCUUCAGUUUCAAACAGAGCAGAUGCUAUUAUUGUGUAAAAUGUAUUUGUCGAUGAAGUCCACUCCACGAUCACUCAGUUGACUCGUCAGCGACUCUCCGUGGUGACAUGGAAGUUGAGUCCUACGACAGAAGACCAUCCCAUUUAGCUGAGAAGGUUGAAAGAGCCCCAUCUUCAGAAUGAACUGCCAAGCUGCCUUAAUCACUGUGCCUGGCCUCAGGGCCAACACGCACCGGAUGUCCAUUCUGCAGGUUAGGGUGCAUCUGCAAACACGUCAAGGCGUCCUGAAGAAGACCUCAACUCUUUUUUCGGUGGAAGAAACUAAACCACGUCCAGCAUCUUGUUCUGGACAGCGUUUGUUUGGAAUAUAAGCAAUUAUAUUUUGCAGAAACAGCUAGUCCAGAUUUGGGGUUGGAUUAAAGGAAGCAGAUGUUUGUCUAAAGUAAAGUGAACACAGUUGGGUGUACUUGUGAUGGAGAACAGCAAUAAAUGGAGAACAUGCAGCUGCUGCUAAAA